AUGCCCUUCCCAGAUCGGCAAGCCGUUGCGAAUAGACACCCAUGGACUCUGCCUCAACUAACCGAGAUGGACGAGCUCAUGCAGCCUAUUACUCGAAGGCCGCCAGGGGACACUUCGAAAUCAGCAGCCAUGACAAUGGGCAGGGCAGAGCUCUCAAAACGGAAGACCCAUUACUAUGAGGAAGCAUUCUCAGGCAGGUGCGUUGCGGACACACUCCGUGAGAGGAUUCGAAGUGAUUCAGUGGUCCUGGCCGAGUUGAACACCAAUGUCAUCGUCGGCGAUGAGUUCAUCUUCAUAACCGAGCUGAGCGCCAAGAUCGCCGAGCGUUACCACAGGCCACUCUCCUCCAUCGCCGUCCGACUCCAGCAUUCUGCCUGCAUCCUCUUCGCGGGGACGUUCGAACCCGCUUAUACCCUGACUCUUUCAGCUCUGGCCCCAUACAUCCAGCCCAGCACGAACCAGCGCAAUGCCUACUUGCUGUCGGAGCAUCUCGAGGAAGCACUAGGCGUGCCACCACCCCGAGGCCUGAUACGCUUCGUGGCCAUGCCGGACGAGAAUGUGGCGCUAAAUGGCAAGACUCUGGCACAAUCCUUGGACGAGGAAGCGAACGGUAACGGCUCCAUGGGCGUUAUCGACGAGGAGCAACCGGCGAGCUUCGCCAGGCGGAAGAGGCUGAGUGUCAAGUCUCUCUCCAACAUGAAGGCAUCGCCUGUGACUGGAGAGCUAACCCCUCCCACGAGCCCGGAAGAGACCACGCCCGUUGGCGAGAACGCCAAGCCCGAGAAAGUAAAGGUGGCCAGGCGCAGGAAGAGUUUUGUGGCGGGUUUGUUCGGCAAGAAGGAAAAUGUGAAGCAGGUGCCCGAAUCGCCUGGGGCAUAG